UUCUAGGCAAGUUCAAAUUCCACUAAAUUUAAAAACAAUGGUGAACUUCUCACGUAAGGGCUGUCAAAAUCCCAUAAGCAACCUGUAAAUCACUUCUAUAAAAUCAAAUGCAACGAAGCGGAAAAGUAAAUUGUUAAAUUUGGACAGCCUGCCGACAUCAACACUGCCUCCGACUCGGUGAGGCUCCGACUCAGAGCGCCAGCUGCCCGCAUCCAUGGUUGAAACUUUAGGAGACGUGUAGAGAAAAGCUUAAGAAUACUAUAUCGUCAAAAAUAGAUGCUAUGCAACUGCUUCAAAGUAUUGCAAAACGUGCUCUUCGCACCAGUUUCGUUCCUCGAAUAAACAGCCAUGCAUUGAUGAGCACAGUAAUCUUGGAUCAGGUGCAGGAAGCCCAGCUCACUCCUCUGUUGAGGGAACAAUGCAUCUUGGUGAAUGAACUGGACCAGAUCAUUGGAGCUGCCAGCAAACUAGACUGCCACAAGUGGGAUGCAGUCACCAAGUCUUCUCCCCUGCACAGGGCUUUCAGCAUCUUUCUCUUCAACACACAAGGAGAACUACUCUUGCAACAACGCUCUUCUCAAAAAGUGACAUUUCCUGGACACUUCACCAACAGUUGCUGUUCACACCCGUUGAGCUUAGAGGUGGAGAAAAAUGGAGUUGAAGGCGCCAUGGUUGCAGCAAGACGUCGCCUUGAAUUUGAGCUUGGUAUCGCCCAUGACCAAGUAUCACUGGACGAGUUUCAGUAUCUGACACGCAUUUGGUACAACGGUCGAGUGGAUGGCAGUCAGUUUGCAGAACACGAAAUCGACUACAUAUUUGUACUGCAAAAAGACCUCGAGCUGAAACCAAACCCAGAUGAAGUGCAAAGAGUCGAGUAUGUGUCACAAAAGCGCUUCAACGACUUCAUGAUGGGAUUGAAAAAGAAUGAUGUACCCACCACUCCAUGGUUCAAUCUUAUUUGCCGCAAUUUCUUGCCUGUCUGGUGGAAGAAUCUUUCAUCUUUGUCUGACUUCAAGGACCAUGAACGUAUUCACAAAUUAUGAAUAUUUCUAGGAAUACCUGUUUUCAGUCAAGUUUCUAGGCAAAAGAGUUAUCCUACAGUGUACUCGUAUACCUAUUUUUAUAUUCUCAGUGGAUUUGGCAAGGUAGGAUUGAAUUUUCUGUGGUUCGCUUGCAUGCAAGGGCUGCAUAUACAAAGGCACUGCAUUUGCAGAGGAUUAAAUUAUUCGUGCUAUCUCAAAAUUUAAUUACUUGUUGCGUAGGUACACUUACUGUAGUGUAAGGAUUUGGUUCCAGAUUACCGUAUAUCUCGCUUUUUUAAAUGGCUCGAAAUAGAAUUUAUCAUUUCCACUCAAAACGUCAUUUUACAGUGGAGUAGUUACAAAAAAUAUUAUAUUUACCAAAAUCCAGGUCUGCCUAACGAAACUUUCAGAUUAGAAUUUUUUUAUUUUACCUAUUUCAAUACCAUUAAAUAUCACGAAUAAUUAUCCUUUGUUAUCAGUUAGCGUGCAUUGUUAUAGACUUUUCAUAUUAACCAAAGAUAUAAACAUGUACUUAGCUCGUUAAGCUUCUCAUUUGCCUGGUUCAGUGAGAUAAAAGCUUGGUUCACGUAACGUUGACGCAGAAUAAAUUUUGUUGGUUCCCUUUCAUAAUAUGGAAGCACGAAAAUGAAAGCUUAUGAAGUAUCCCAAGCGUAGUUUUAAGCAAAUUUCAUUCAUUUCAGCUAGAAAUAUACGGUAAAAUUUUUUGCACGUGACCAAAAUUUCGAGACGUGUUUGUUUAGUAACCGUGUUAAAGCUUAUAGCAAACAAUUUAUGAUGUAUUAAACUGGUCUACUGUGAGUGGUAUAUUAUAGUUUUUUUUGUACAAUAGCAGACCAUACAAAACCUACAUAGGUAUAUAUUUUCCAAUUUACACAGUUACUGUAUUGCAGUUUAUCUCUGAAAUUUUGUACCAAAUCUGUGAAUGAGAAGAGA